CCCCGCCCUCGGGAAACAGUCGCGCGGCGAUGACGUCGAGGGGGUCUGGCUAGGCGUCGCGGACUCCGGCGAUGGAGGAAAAAGAGCAGCUGCGGCGGCAGAUACGCCUCCUGCAGGGUAACUGAGCCUGUGAUUCUGCCUUCUUAGGUCUGAUUGACGACUAUAAAACCCUCCACGGCAAUGGCCCUGCCCUGGGCAACUCAUCAACUACUCGGUGGCAGUCAUCCAUGUUCCAGGGUGGCAGGACCUUUGGCUCCCGCUACUCCCGUCGGAGGGGCUUCUCCUCACACCAUGGCCCAUCAUGGCGCAAGAAAUACUCCCUUGUGAAUCAGCCUCUGGAAUCUUCUGAGCCUGCCAGUGAUCAUGCUUUGCAGGCAUCCCUCAGGUCUGAGGAUAGCCAGCAUCCUGAACCCCAGCAGUACAUCCUGGAGAGACAGGUCCAGCUCAGUCCAGAUCAGAAUAUGGUUAUUAAAAUCAAGCCACCAUCAAAGUCAGGCUCCAUCAAUGUUUCAGGGGUCCAGCGGGGGUCCUUGGAAGACUGUAAUGUCCCCUCUUGGAGUAACCAAAGACCCCAAGGAAGUGAGGUUGAGGUCCCUGGUGGACAUCUGCAGCCUGCAAGGCCAGGAAGAACCAAGGUGGGUUACAAUGUGGACGACCCUCUCUUGGUCUGCCAGAAGGAGCCUGGCAAGCCUCGGGUAGUGAAGUCUGUGGGCAGGGUUAGCGACAGCUCUCCUGAGCACCGGCGGACAGUCAGUGAAAGUGAAGUUGCUAUCAAGGCACACUUCCCAUCCUCUUUCCUGCCCCCACGCAGUGCUGUGGCUCUGUGCCGGAAGGUCGGCCCUCAUUCUGUCAGCUAUUCUGAGCAGUUCAUCAGAGACCAAAGAGCAAAUACUGGCCACACAGACCAGCCAGCUUCCUUGGGGUCCAUGGUGGCUUCUGUCAGACCAGCAACGGGAGCCAGGCAGGUCAGGGAGGCCUCACUGCUAGUGUCCUGUCGAACCAACAAGUUUCGGAAAAACAACUACAAAUGGGUAGCUGCCUCAGAAAAGAGCCCACGGAUCACUCGGAGAGCCCUCAGUCCCAGAGCAACAAUGGAGAGUGUGAACAAGGCUGCUUUUGGUACAGUUGGAAAGACAGAGAAGCCACAGCCUAAAACUGACCCAGAGGCAAGGCCUGAGAAACUGGCCACAGCAUCCAAGUCUGGACCCUCUCCCAGCAAGUACAAGUGGAAGGCUUCCAGCCCGUCUGCUUCUUCCUCCUCCUCUUUCCGUUGGCAGUCUGAGGCUGGCAGCAAGGACCCUCCUUCUCAGCUCUCCCCAGUCCUAUCUAGGCCCCCAUCAGGGGAUAGACCAGCAGGGGGACCCAGCAGUUUGAAGCCCCUCUUUGGAGAGCCACAGCUCUCAGCUUACAAAGUGAAGAGCCGUACCAAGAUUAUCAGGAGGCGGGGCAAUACCAGCCUUCCUGGAGACAAGAAGAACAGCCCCCCAACUGCCACCACCAGCAAAACCCAUCUUAACCAGCGUCGGAGACAGGCCCUGCGGGGGAAGAGCAGCCCUGUUCUAAGGAAGACUCCCCAAAAGGGUCUGAUGCAGGCCAACAGGCACCGGCUGUGCUGCAUACCAUCCAGCCGGAGCCACCUCUCCACCAAGGAAGCUACCAAUGUGCACAUGCGGAUUCCACCCUCCAGUAAGGUGAUCAAGACCCGCUACCGCAUUGUCAAGAAGACCCCAAGCACUCCUUUUGGUGCUCCAUCCUUCCCCUCAUCUCUACCCUCCUGGCGGGCCCGGCGCAUUUCAUUAUCCAGGUCCCUAGUGCUGAACCGGCUUCGUCCAACAGUCACUGGGGGAGGGAAAGCCCCAUCUGGUUCCCCUCGAUGGCGCAACAAAGGCUACCGCUGCAUUGGAGGGGUUCUGUACAAGGUGUCUGCCAACAAGCUCUCCAAAACUUGCAGCAGGCCCAGUGAUGGCAGCAGGCCCCUCCUCCGAACAGGACGCCUGGACCCUGCCACCACCUGCAGUCGUUCCUUGGCCAGCCGGGCCAUCCAGCGGAGCCUGGCUAUCAUCCGGCAGGCGAAGCAGAAGAAAGAGAAGAAGAGAGAGUACUGCAUGUAUUACAACCGCUUUGGCAGGUGUAACCGUGGCGAAUGCUGCCCCUACAUCCAUGACCCUGAGAAGGUGGCCGUGUGCACCAGAUUUGUCCGAGGCACGUGCAAGAAGACAGAUGGGUCCUGCCCUUUCUCUCACCAUGUGUCCAAGGAAAAGAUGCCUGUGUGCUCCUACUUUCUGAAGGGGAUCUGCAGCAACAGCAACUGCCCCUACAGCCAUGUGUACGUGUCCCGCAAGGCAGAAGUCUGCAGUGACUUCCUCAAAGGCUAUUGCCCACUAGGUGCAAAGUGCAAGAAGAAGCACACGUUGCUGUGUCCUGACUUUGCCCGCAGGGGUAUUUGUCCCCGUGGCUCCCAGUGCCAGCUGCUGCAUCGUAACCAGAAGCGACAUGGCCGGCGGACAGCUGCACCUCCUAUCCCAGGGUCCAGUGAUGGAACCCCCAGAAGCAAGGCCUCAGCUGGCCAUGUACUCAGGAAGCCUACUUCUCAGCGCCCUGCCAGACAGAUGUCCAGUGGUCUGGUUUCUGUAACUGAGGCCCCAGCCUCCCCGCCUCCUUCCCCAAGGCUAUUAGCUUCCACCUCUACCCUGUCUUCAAAGGCCACCGCUGCCUCCUCUCCUUCCUCCUCCCCCUCUACUAGCUCCCCCACCCCUUCCUUGGAGCAGGAAGAAGCUGUCUCUAGGACAGGUGGGACAGGUUCAGGAACAGGCUCCAGCGGCCUCUGCAAGCUGCCAUCCUUCAUCUCCCUGCAUUCCUCUCCAAGCCCAGGAGGCCAGACUGGGCCCCAGGCCCCCAGGAGCCCCCGCACCAAGGACUCAGGGAAGCCGCUACACAUCAAACCACGCCUGUGAGGCUCCCUGGGGACCAGCCCGCACCUACCUCAGACCCUCACCCCUGGAGAGGAUGGAGGCUCUACCCAGCACUGCUCCUGAGGAGAAGCAGCCUGCCACUGAGCCCAGCUGGGGCUAUAAGCAGGGAUACAUAGCUCCUCCGAUUUGGCUCAUAGCCUCUGGAGGCCUUUGUGUGCCCAGGCCUUGUUCUCCCUCAAACCAAAGCCCUGUCCAUUCCCUGUUCCUCUCCCUCCCCUCCUCCCCUUCUCCCCUCUUCCCUUCCUCUCCUCCAAGGCAUCCAGCCUCAUUCUAGGACUUGUCCCUGGCUCUCCACCCAUCAGGGUGCCAUGUGAGGUUCAUCCUAGCCUGUCUCCUGUGUGGCAGUGGCUGUAACUGUAGGACCGGUGCCCCCAACCCUCCCUACCCAGGACUCCUGCCCAGGGAAGAGGCUACUGGCCAAGCCUCUGGUGGGCAUUUUAUGUUCAGCAAUAAAGGUUUUAUCCUGUGUCUA